CUCGAGUGUUGAUACAGGCGAGGCGUUCAGUGUGUGUAUAUUAGUUGGUGGUGUCUUCGCUUCUUUGCUAAACUUUUCUUCUAGGUGGCUGGGGUAUAUAUUUUUGAAACCCUGUUUUUUUUUCCCCCCUCCGAAGAAGCUUUUUUCUCAGGGCAAGUGUGGAAUUUUAAACAAAACAAUUUCGGUGGAAUAUGAGUGCAUCCAGAGUCCUGUCUAUCGCUGACAUUAAGGCUGAACCUGCGAAAACUGAUGUUCGUCGGCUGAGACUGACUCUUCAGAGCAGCGAUGAAGCAUUGUGGAGGGACACAGUGAAAAGAAAGCCUGUAGGCAGGGCCUACGCUGUCAUGUCCUCCAAGGGUAGCGGUGACUUUGCUUGGGAUGUGGCCACUGGUGAAACCCUGAAGACCCGCAGUUUGUACGAGCCGGACAUCAAAGGCAUGGUGGUGCCGGAGGCUCAGCCCUCCCAGGAGGCCAGCCUGAGGCAGCUCCGCACUGAACUCCAGCACUUCAAGGAGGUCAGACAUUCAAUGGAAAAUAUCCGUGAGCAGUUGUAUUGUCGGAUGAAUGGAGUGAGACGAGAUGUCGCGGACUACCACGGCCUACCUGACACAGACCGUGGGGAUGAUGAGACGGAAAAGAUGCGGGAGGCGACAAGGCACCUCUACAGCAAACUGCAGGAGGCCGAGCGCAGGCACGAGUCCAAGAGGAAGGUUUUGGAGGAUCAGGCCGGACACCACCAGAAGCAACUAGGAGAGGCCAGGGAAUCACUUCAGAGGUCAGAGGAGAGAGUUGCUGAACGUGACAAGAGAAUCGAGGAACUCCAGAGACUGAUGACAGGAAUGGAAAAGGAGCAUCAAAUCUUGGCGACAAAGAUGAGGGAGAAUGAAUGCCAGCUGGAGGAGAUGAGAGUGCAGAACCAGGCCGGCAUGGCUGAUCACCACAGGUCAUUACAGCUGGAGAAAGAGGUUGAGACCCUGAGGGAGAAGAUUUGCCACCUCAAUGAUAUGCUGAAGAGCCAGCAGAGAAAAGUACGGCAGAUGAUCGAGCAGAUUCAGACCUCCAGGAGUCAGAUUGAGGAAAAGGAUGUGUUGAUACAGCAGCUGCAGGAGCGAGUGGAACACCUCGAGUCUGAGAACCGAGAGAUGCAAGACCACCUGGAAUAUGUGACCCGCGGUGAGGGCAGAACCCAGCAAGGUUCCCUCACCAGCAGGGGGCAGGGACUCACGGACCACCAGAUCUCUCACAGUUCAAGACUCCCACUGGGAUCCAAGAAGCCCAGAGCGUUAGUACGAGUGCUGGAGACAUCGUGACGUUACUGUUUUUACUCACGUCAGAAUGAACACCAAACAAACUGGCAAAAA